AUGUCAUUGCUACCUGGCGCCAGACAAUUUAAUCCUGGAAACUAUGAGCCGCCAAAAACGUAUACUCCCGGAACUGGCAGAGGUGCAACUCCAAUUAGUACCAGGGCUGACUUUGGAAUCCAUUCAAUCGGUAAAAUGGACCAAUUUGGAAUGCCACCUCCCGGUUAUAUUCCGGGUAAGGGGAGAGGAGCAACUGGAUUUGCCGGAGGAGUUUCCCGUGAUGAAGUAGCCACGGGAACUAGUACUGUAGAGGCUGAAAAUAACGAUCUGUCAGAUUCAAAUUUCGACAGCUUCCAUGGGUAUAACGAGGCACUAUUCCGUAAUGCUGAAUAUGACGAUGACGAUCGGGAAGCAGAUGACAUCUACGACGCCAUUGAUCAACGAAUGGAUCAGAGGAGGAAGAAACAGAGGGAAAAAGAUUUGCAACAGGAAAUGCUAGAAGCAUCUAAAAGAAGUACAAUCCAAUCACAAUUACAUGCAGCUAAGCGCGCCUUAUCGACUAUAUCACUUGUUGAAUGGGAAUCAAUACCCACCGUUGCAGAUUCAUCUCUCAAAAAGAACAAAAAACAGGUCAUUCGUUACAGUCCAGCUCCUGAUACGUUAUUAAUUAGCUCAAAGGGCAAUAUCAGUGAGUUAAAUGCUCAAACGCCAAUUGGCUUAGGGUUAGCUACACCUUUGGGCCUUAAAACUCCCAUUAAUGCUGGACUGAGAACCCCUAUGGCUAUGACCCCAGGUACAAUGAGUGUUGGGAAUCGAACCCCUUCCCUUAAUGACCUUGGUGAGGCAAGGGGUACGGUACUUUCGGCUAGAUUGGAUAAGAUGUUAGAUAGUGUCACUGGCCAAACUACGGUAGACCCUAAGGGCUACCUUACCAACCUAAACUUGCAGGGACAAGGAGUAGAUAUGGGAGAUACAAAAAAGGCCAGGCUGUUACUAAAAUCUGUGACCACGACAAAUGCCAAGCAUUCGCCAGGGUGGAUAGCAGCGGCCAGAUUGGAAGAAUUGGAAGGUAAAAUGGACGCUGCAAGGGAGAUCAUCGCUCAGGGAUGUAUCAAUUGCCCAGAAAGCGAGGAUGUUUGGCUUGAAGCUGCUAGGCUGGAAACCCCAGAGGCAGCCAAAGCAAUUUUGGCUAAAGCUGUGCAAAAAAUACCUGACUCGGUUAAACUAUGGCUUGACGCCUGUAAUCGCGAGAGCGAUAAGGACAACAAAAGGAAGAUACUACGUAAAGCAUUGGAAUUUAUCCCCAAUUCUGUUAAAUUAUGGAAAGAAGCAGUCUCAUUGGAAGAUGAAACAAAUGCUUAUAUACUACUAAAAAGAGCAACUGAAUGUGUACCUACUUCAGUAGAUCUAUGGCUCGCACUCGCUCGCUUAUGCAGCUACAGUGAAGCACAAUCAGUUUUAAAUGAAGCUAGGAAGAACGUUCCUACAAAUGCAGAUAUUUGGAUUACAGCAUCCAAGUUGGAGGAAUCCCAAGGCAACGAUAACAUGGUUGAAAUAAUCAUUAAGAGGGCAUUGGAUGUGUUGGCCAAAAAAGGCGUGUUACAUGUACGCAGUACGUGGAUUGAACAUGCGGAGAACUGUGAAAAGUCAGGGUUCUUAAAAACCUGCCACGCAAUAAUUAAGAUGACAAUGGAAAUAGGUGUCACUGAGAUCAACAAGAAGAGGAUUUGGAAAAUGGAUGCCCAGGCUUGUAUCGACCAUGGUUGUAUUGAAACAUCCAGAUUCAUAUUUAUGAAUGCUACUGAACACAUAAAAACAAAGAAAUCUAUUUGGAUGCGGUGGGCUGAGAUGGAGAUGAAAUAUGGUACAACAGAAUCGGUAGAUUUAGUGCUGCAAAAGGCUGUAACUAUGUGUCCAAAAUCAGAAGUGUUAUGGCUCAUGGCAUCAAAGCAUAGAUGGAUUAGCGGUGAUGUACCAGGAGCAAGAAAGAUUCUAGCCACUGCAUUUGCCUACAACGAAAACUCCGAGGCCAUAUCCCUCGCCGCUGCUAAACUUGAGAGGGAUAAUAACGAAAUAGAGCGUACCCGAAAACUCUUGGAAAGAGGCAGGAAGCACUGUUCCACUGAGAAAAUCUGGAUGCAAAGCGUACAAUUGGAGAGGCAAGUUGGAGACUAUCCUACAGCCAUUAAGAUGGUAGACUAUGCAUUACAGCAGUUCAACAAGUUUGACAAGCUUUACAUGAUCGCAGCGCAAUUGUAUAUGGAAUAUAAUGAUGAUGCUGGUAAAAUUGAGCAUUAUUUGCGCAUGGGUUGUGAAAAUUGUCCCACAAGUGGUAGACUAUGGUUAGUGGCCAUUGACUGGUAUGUCACCAAGAAAAAUUACUCCAAAGCUAGAGCUGCUAUUGAGAUGUCAAAGAUCAAAAUGAAACAAAUCGCAGGUGAUGCUAACACCGGAGAUGACGAUUACAUAGACAUAAUUUGGCUAUACGCCGUGAAAGUGGAGAACCUUUGCGGUAAUGAAAAAAAUGCCAAUUUUACCAUGUCUUCGGCUCUUCAAGCAUGUCCUACCUCGGGUUAUUUAUGGGCAGAAGCUAUAUUUUUGGAAUCAAAGGCGUCUAGGAAUUCAAAAGCUGUAGAUGCGCUAAACAAGUGUAAUAACAAUCCAAUAGUCGUAUGUGCUGCAUCUAUAUUGUUUUGGAAUGAAAACAAGGUGGCAAAGGCAAGAAAAUGGUUUGACCGUUCUGUGACAUUGGAUGGAAGUGAUGGUUCAAUUUGGGGAAAUUUUAUGGCCUUUGAAAUAGACUGUGGCAACGAUAUAUCACAGAAGGAUAUAAUAAAUAGGUGCACCAAUGCUCAGCCAACACGAGGAUAUUUCUGGAAUCGGGUUGUCAAAAGGGUUAAAAAUUGGAAAUUGUCUUAUCCACAGAAAUUAUAUGCGUUUGUCCAAGAGUACCAUCCACACCUGCUCAGUAAGCUAACUGAUCCUGAGAUACUGAAUGUAAUGUCAAUCAAUUGA